CAGCCUCCGCCCGCCUCCAUCCAGCCUCCGCCAUGGACGACGACGGGCGCUACCGCGACGGCCGCGCCGACUUUAUCCGCGGCGCCAAGGACAUCGCCAAGGUGGCCAAGAAGCAGGUGGGGAAGAAGGUGGGCCGCGGCGUGGACAAGAUGGCGGACGAGUACACCCGGCGCUCCUACAAGCGCUUCGAGGAGGAAGAUGACGACGACGACGACUACGGCGGCGCGCCGGGCAACGACGGCGGCUACUACCGCGACGACGGCCGGGCCGACGACGGCGACGCCCACAGCGACUCCACCGAGGGCCACGACGAGGACGACGAGAUCUACGAGGGCGAGUACCAGGGCAUCCCCCGCGCAGAGGCGGGCAAGGCGGGCGGCGCCGCCGGCGUGCCGGCACCGCGCCUCAGGGACCCGGCGGCGUUGGAGGGCGAGCGCAGGAAGGACCAGGAGGAGCUGGCGCAGCAGUACGAGGUCAUCCUGCAGGAGUGCGGCCACGGCAAGUUCCAGUGGACGCUCUACUUCGUGCUGGGCCUGGCGCUCAUGGCGGACGGCGUGGAGAUCUUCGUGGUCGGCUUCGUGCUGCCCAGCGCCGAGAAGGACAUGUGUCUGUCUGAACCCAACAAGGGCAUGCUGGGUCUGAUCGUGUACCUGGGCAUGAUGGUGGGGGCGUUCGUGUGGGGGGGCCUGGCGGACCGGAUCGGCCGGCGCCAGACGCUGCUCAUCUCUCUGUCCAUCAACAGCGUCUUCGCCUUCUUCUCGUCCUUCGUCCAGGGCUACGUGUCCUUCCUGUUCUGCCGCCUGGCGUCGGGCGUGGGGAUCGGCGGUUCGAUUCCCAUCGUCUUCUCCUACUACUCGGAGUUCCUGGCGCAGGAGAAGCGCGGAGAGCACCUGAGCUGGCUCUGCAUGUUCUGGAUGAUCGGAGGGAUCUACGCCUCGGCCAUGGCCUGGGCCAUCAUCCCCCACUACGGCUGGAGCUUCCAGAUGGGCUCCGCCUACCAGUUCCACAGCUGGAGGGUCUUCGUCCUGGUCUGUGCCUUCCCCUCGGUGGCCGCCAUCUCUGCUCUGACCACCAUGCCUGAGAGCCCCCGCUUCUACCUGGAGAACGGGAAGCACGACGAGGCCUGGAUGAUCCUGAAGCAGGUCCACGACACCAACAUGAGAGCCAAGGGCUUCCCCGAGAGAGUGUUCUCCGUGACGACGAUCAAAACCGUCCAGCAGCUGGACGAGCUGGUCCAGCUGGGGGACAACGCCGCCUGGCACGAGAAGUGGAGGGUCAAACUCACCUCCCUGUUCCACCAGGUGUGGAGUAACUUCCAGACCGUCUUCUCUCCAGAGUACCGCCGGACCACCUACAUGAUGAUGGCCGUCUGGUUCUCCAUGUCCUUCAGCUACUACGGCCUGACGGUCUGGUUCCCCGACAUGAUCAAGUUCCUGCAGAAGCAGGAGUACCGGUCCCGGACCCGGGUCUUCCUCCGGGAGAAGGUGGAGCACGUCACCUUCAACUUCACGCUGGAGAACCAGGUCCACAAGCAGGGCGAGUACUUCAACGACAAGUUCAUGAACUUGAAGAUGAGGUCCAUGGUGUUCGAGGACUCGCUGUUUGAGGAGUGCCGCUUCGAGGACAUCACGUCCAGCAGCACCUUCUUCAAGAACUGCACCUUCAUCGCCACUCUGUUCUACAACACAGAUCUGUUUAAAGACCGGCUGGUCAACUCUCGGCUCAUCAACAGCACCUUCCUGCAUAACAAGGAGGGCUGCCUGCUGAGCGACGUCAGCGACGAGAACAACGCCUACAUGGUGUACUUCGUCAGCUUCCUGGGAACCCUGGCCGUUCUCCCGGGGAACAUCGUCUCCGCGCUGCUGAUGGACAAGAUCGGACGGCUGAGGAUGCUAGCGGGUUCCAGCGUCAUCUCCUGCGUCAGCUGCUUCUUCCUGUCGUUCGGCAACAGCGAGUCGGCCAUGAUCGCUCUGCUCUGCCUGUUCGGAGGAAUCAGCAUCGCCUCCUGGAACGCGCUGGACGUGCUGACUGUGGAACUGUACCCGUCUGACAAGAGAACCACGGCGUUCGGGUUCCUCAACGCUCUGUGUAAGCUGGCGGCGGUUCUGGGCAUCAGCAUCUUUACGUCGUUCGUGGGCGUCACCAAGGCGGUUCCCAUCCUGUUUGCCUCGGGCGCGCUGGCGGCCGGCAGCUUCCUGGCGCUCCGGCUGCCGGAGACGCGCGGCCAGGUGCUGCAGUAGGGGUUGGGGCCACG